CACUCCAUUCUGAAUUGAAAAUGAGCGCCGAUCCUUUUCAAAUAUUCGUUAAUGGUAUCGAAGGAAAAACGACCACGUAUAAUGGAAUCACGCCAACAACUAAAGUAGUAGAUAUUAAGAAAAAGGUUUAUGAUAAGACCGGUAUAAGUACUGAGCAACAACGUCUUAUUUUUGCCGGAAAACAACUCGAAGAUGAUAAAACAGCGGAAUUCUAUGGAAUUACAAGGGCUUCUACUCUUCAUUUGGUCCUUAGACUUCCGGGUGGCGCGAAUAUGAAAGUUCAUGACCCCAAUGAUGGCGUCGAACUAACCAAUGAGCCCGACAUGAUUACUUGGGAGGAUGAUCCAGACAACUUACGUGCAAAGAUGCCGUGUGGCCAUGCUAUUGGUGCCGAGUCCCUUACUGCCUUUUGCAGAUCACUUGUUAGCGAAGGCAAAUUUCAAUUCUUUUGUCCGUAUACCAACCCGACAAGUGACGUUCGUUGCCGUACAGAAUGGCAAUAUGUUGAUAUCCGUAAGAUAGGUUUACUUACUGAUGAAGAGUGCAAAUAUUUUGAAUCCAAGAUUAGCGAAAAUUAUUCUCGUCGCGCCCUUGGUGUUCAAGAAUGUCCUCAGUGCUCUACAUUCUGUGAGAGAAGUGAUAAGAAUCGAUCAUCUGUAGUCUGUUUGAUAUGCUCAAGAAAGCCAGGCAUUAGAGAAUACGCAUUCUGUUGGUAUUGCUUGCACGAAGUUUAUAAUUUUAAUGGCUAUCGUUGUACAAACAAUCUCUGUGGAGGUGUCGAUCCUCGUUUAGCCAUUCUUAAAAACGCGAACACAAAGAAAGUAGGGAACGUACCUGGUGUACCAUCGUGCCGCGCAUGCCCUAAAUGUGGCACAAUUAUCGAACAUGACAGCAAAUGCAAACAUAUGAAAUGCCCUUGUGAUCAAGAAUUCUGUUUCAUUUGCCUCAGCCUUCAUGACCUGGCAACCGGCUGGAAAUGCGGUACAUUCAACAGUGCAUGCACUAUUGCCCCUGUGCAGACCGUUCUUCCCGGCUUAUAA